AUGAAAUUCUCCAUCCUCUCUGUUGCCGCGGCAGUUGUCGCGAUUGCAACGGCUGCCCCUUUGACAAAGCGCGCCGACAGCACCAGCGCCGUCGUCGGAUACUGGGUCCCCUGGGGUGAUGUCCCAGUCUCUGCCCUCGACAUGACCAACGGUUUCGGUGUGAUGUGGAAGGGUGCCGCCUCUCCAACGACGAUCACGAUCGACCGCUACUACGACGGUGAGAACAUCCAGCAGCUGGUUACCCGCGGUAACGCCGCUGGUGUACCUAUCCUGAUCUCGAUCGGAGGCUGGACUGGUUCCCAGACCUUCUCAACCGUUGCUGCCUCUGCUGCCUACCGCACGACGUGGAUCAACAACGCCUUGGUCUUUGUUCGCCAGAACACCAACGGUAACGAUGCCGACAACCCUAACGGAUGGGGUAUGGAUGGUAUCGAUAUCGACUGGGAGUACCCUGGACGCGAGGGAGCCCCAUGCAAUGUGAUCUCGCCCCAGGACUCUGCCAACUACUUGCAGUUGUUGAAGGAGUUGCGCGCUGCUUUGGACCUCGAGUUCCCCACCAAGCACAAGCUCAUCACCGCAGCCGUCCGUGUCCAGCCCUUCGACGGACCCGGUGGCUCGCCUAUGAGCAACGUCGCUGCCUACGUCCCCUACUUUGACUUCAUCUCGGUUAUGGCGUACGAUAUUAUGGGAUCGUGGAGCGCGGUAACUGGCCCCAACGCACCCUUUGGCACUCCUCCCGCACCCGGCGACCCCUUCGGGUUCGUCCAAGCGAUCAACUCGUGGCGCAACGCCGGUUGGCCCGCAGAGAAGCUGGUCAUGGGCACUGCCUUCUACGGCCGCUCCCUCACCGCAAAUGUCAACAUGGACACCCAGAACCCCAUCACGCAAUACGUCCCCUUCUCCCCCACCGUCCCCAAGGGUGGGCCCGGCGAUUCCCAGGAGGAAAACUUCUAUUGCAGCGAAGGAACCGGCUGGAGUGGACAAUGGAAAUGGAAGGAGCUCCGUGGUGGUCCCCUCGCUUCGGGUCCUAAUUCCCCCGCUGCUGGGUGGACGCGUCAUUGGGAUAACCAGACCCAAACUCCUUGGUUGUUCCAGCCUUCGACCAAGACUUACAUCUCGUAUGAUGAUAUUCAGUCGUUGACGGUUAAGGUGAACCAAGUCAAGAGUCUCGGAUUGAAGGGAGUCAUGCUCUGGGACGCGUCGUACGAUUUCAAUGGGGAGUUGAUUAAUGUUCUCAACCAGGUCCGUGGCCCCACUCCCACGUCGACUGUGACUGCUUCGCCUUCUUCGACCAUCACGACGACCUCGGUUACGAGGACUACGACCGCUAUUACGACUCCUCCUCCUUCGACAACGACACCUUCGACUACGACCUCUCUCCCUGGUGGACCUUGUGUUGGUGUUGCGUCUUGGAACAGCGCUACGGCCUAUGCUACCGCUGGUACUAAGGUCACCUACGGAGGUUACUUGUACACCAACCAGUGGUGGACUCAGGGUGAGACUCCCUCUGCGGCUGCUUGGGGUGUCUGGACGCGGGGUGCUGCUUGCUAA